CAUAUCUCUUUCCUCUUGCUGUCGAGAGUUUUGUAUCAAUGAGCGAAGGCUUCUGAGCCCUGAAACAUUCCAGUGUUGGUUGUUAUUGCCGGAUAAAUCGGGAAUUAAACACGGACGUGUGCCUCACCGAAUGAGGUUCUGGUGAAAUACAGUUCUUAAACUUUGUGUCGAGCAAAACUAUUGUUGAACAAGUAAAAUUCAAGGUUCUAGUUUGACCGGUUCCCACCCCCAGCCUAAUCUGGGUGCUAGCCAGACCCAGCGCUGAUCGCUGAGUCAAAGCGGUAACCUGAGCUGUCAGGAUUCUCCGUGGAGCGGAACACUAAUGGAAAUGCCACAGAACCGCGGGGCAAGUAAGAAAGUGUGAACUUAGGAACCCCACUGCAUUUAGGGAAGGGAUACAUUAGCUUGUGCGCUUUGAAAUCUUCUGACUUGUUUUCAUCCCAAAAACAGCCAUUGCAUUUUCCAGGAAUUAAGUUAAAUCUUGGAACUCCAUGGUGCAAAGGGAGGAGCAGAACAUUUUAAUCUGAACCUUCUUGCAGUCCAGUUUGUUUUACAGUAUCAGUAAUGAUACUGAUUAUUAGAAACAAUGGUCUUUGUAAGCAAACACAAAUCUGCCAUGAGCUAGACAGUGAGAGUGUGCCCGUGUACCUAGUUGUUGCUGCAUCUCCCCUCCCUGUCUGCAGGUGACUCCAGACCCGGGAGGAUGAGCAGUGGUCCCCGGAGGAUUGCUUCCUCCUGGCUGACGGAUGGAGGGAAGCAGCUCCUGCAAGGCUGCCUGUGGGGCUGCUGAUCCGGAGAGCGGCACUGGGCAGGCUAGGAGCAAGCCUGCAUCCCCCUCCAGGGAGGCUCACGAGGGUGUCAAGGGGGUCAUCCUCUCUUCAUCAAUUUUAGACUUGAGUCAAAGUGGUCUUCACCAUUUAGGAGAGAUCUUCAAAGUUCUCAACCUCAGAGAUCUGCGGCUCCAGCGAAACGCCCUCUGCACGAUUCCUAAAAGCUUCUUUCAGUGGCUGCCAAACCUCACCUGGCUGGACCUCCGCUCUAAUAGGAUCACAGCGCUUCCUUCUGGGAUCGGCUGUCACAAGCAUUUGAAAACUUUGCUUUUAGAAAGAAAUCCUAUCAAAAUGUUACCUGUGGAGCUGGUUAAAAAGAUGAGCGUAAGUGAGGUGCCACCUCCCCUGUUGGAUUUAUCCGAAGAGCGUGUGCCCAACAAAGAAACCAUUCAUUCUCAGGAGGCAAAGGGAACCAUGUUAACAGAAAAGGCAGGCUUUUUCCCACCUGUGGAAAAACUAGACCUGCGUGAGUGCAGAAGGUCCGCCGAACCUCCGGAGGACUGGCCGAGCGAGGAGGAGAUCCGGCGCUUUUGGAAGCUGAGGCAGGAGAUCGUGGAGAACCAGCAAGCGGAGGUUCUGGAGCGCCAGCGCCUGCCAGCGGAGCUGCCCCCAGCCCUCACGGCGGUGCUGAGCGACAAGGAGAAGCGGCGACCCCGCCCGAGACCCGUCUUCAGGACGAGGACGCCCUCCUUCAAGAGUGUCCUGCCCGAGCUGGCCCCAUGGCAGCAGACCCAGGGCCGCACCAGCCUGCCGGAAGAGAGUAUCAGCCCAGAUGGAGCAGCGCAGGAGCCCCACCAACUGCCUGUCUCCACCACGCUCUGGGCCCGCGAGGCUGGCUGGCGUGGACGGCGCCCUCCACCUUCUGGUUGUGUCCGGCCAGGGGGGGCUCCGGCGGGAGGUCAGAGAGAAGCGGGGAGGGAGGCAGGGUCCCUCUGCCCCGCCCACCACUCCCGCUGCUGGGUGCCGGCAGCCCCUCCGUCCCUCACCCCAGGGUCCCGGGGUGGCUGCCGCCCGUCAUCCUACGAGUCCUCUGGGCGUUGCCGUGGGCGGUUCGCGGUGCAGCGGGCGAGACGCAGCCAACAGCACAGUGACACUGUGGGUGACGGGGCUGGAGAGACAGGGCUCACGGUCUUAGACAGGCGAGCACUGCAGGAGUGGAGGGUACUGGCCCAGAGGAUGCAGAGGAGGAGGGAGGGGGUCAGCCACCUCCCGACCCCACGGAGGAACCUGGUGGCGUCCAAGAUUCCCUUUGCCACUGACCUGAUAGGUAAUGAGAAAAUACCGAUGCAUUCGCCUGGGAAACUGAAACAAAGCAAAGAGAAAUCAUUGCAAGCAAGUCAGGAAAUGAGUGCCUUCCGAGAGGAGAACUUAGAGGAAAAGCGGAAACAGCACAGCCAGCAACUGCAGGGACGAAGAAGCAGGUUCCGAGGGUCGGCACCUCUCGAGGAGGUGGGGAGGGCCACGCAGGACUUGGAAAUUGCCAGGAGGCUGCAGGAUGAAGUAAUGAAACUAGAACUGAGGUCGACCUUGCACAGAAGCCAUCAAUGUACAGCUCACGGAAGCCUUUCGCUUGGCCCAACUUUGUUGUAG